AUGACCAAAACGUAUAAAUAUGAAGAUCAACUCCAUUUUAUCCAGAAAAGCGAUGACGUAAAGAACCUUUUCAUAAUCAAGAAGGGCUUUGUCCCAAACAUGAACGUGGAAGGACACCUAUUCGCAAACGACAACCUCUCAAAACUCUUGUUUGAUGAAUUGAAACAAUUCACAGACGACCCAGGCUCAUUCCUGCCAGCUCUGAAACAGCUGGCAAACGUGGCAGCCCUACCAGGCAUAGUUAAGAGUAGCAUAGCACUCCCAGAUGCCCAUUCAGGCUAUGGAUUUUCUAUUGGAAACGUAGCUGCCUUCGACAUGGAUAACUGUAACUCUAUAGUAUCCCCAGGAGGAGUUGGAUUUGAUAUAAACUGCGGAGUGCGCUUGCUUAGAACUAAUCUGCUAUACAAAGAUAUUGAACCAAUAAAAGAACAACUGGUUCAAAAGUUGUUUGACCUGAUCCCAGUUGGAGUUGGCUGCCAGGGUAAAAUACCCUGUGAUUAUGGAGAUUUAGAUAACAUUUUGGAAUACGGAAUGGACUGGUCAGUGUGUUCUGGUUACUCGUGGGCAGAAGACAAGGAACACUGUGAAGAUUUUGGACGUAUGAUACAAGCAGAUCCAACAGUUGUAUCAUAUCGAGCUAAAAAAAGAGGUUUGUCCCAAAUUGGAACACUUGGUGCUGGAAAUCACUACGGAGAAGUUCAGGUAUCAAUUUAUUCAAAUAUCUAUGUUGUAGAAGAGAUAUAUGACGAGUACAGCGCAAAGGUUAUGGGAAUUGACAGGAUUGGCCAAGUGUGUAUUAUGACACAUAGUGGUUCGAGAGGGUUGGGACAUCAAGUGGCUUCAGAUGCACUUGUGGACAUGGAAAAUAGCCUAAACAAGUCAAAAAUUAAAGUCAACGAUAAACAGCUGGCAUGUGCAAGAAUUAACUCAGAUGAAGGGAAGAAAUACCUCAAAGGGAUGGCUGCAGCCUCCAACUAUGCCUGGGUGAAUAGGAGCGUUAUGACUCAUUUGACAAGAAAGGCGUUUGAAGAGGUUUUGAAAGAAUCAGCUGACGACUUGGAUAUGCACGUAGUUUACGACGUCUCACACAAUAUAGCCAAAAUUGAGGACCACAUGGUGGACGGGAAGCUGAAGAGGUUACUUCUACAUAGAAAGGGCUCAACGAGGGCAUUUCCACCAUACCAUCCACUAAUUUCAGCAGACUUUCAACACAUAGGCCAGCCAGUACUGGUGGGAGGGACCAUGGGAACAUGCUCCUAUGUCCUAACAGGAACACAACUGGCCAUGGACCUAACCCUAGGGUCAACUUGUCAUGGAUCAGGGAGGACACUGAGUAGAAACAAAAGCAGAAGGGUUCUGGAUUAUAACGAAGUAUUAAAUAAUUUAAAAGAAAAAGGAAUCUCGAUAAGAGUGGCAUCACCUAAGCUGGUAACAGAGGAGGCACCGGAGUCAUAUAAGGAUGUGUCAGAGGUUGUACAGACUUGUCACGAUUCUGGAAUCUCGAAAAAAUGUGUUAAACUAAGGCCAGUCGCAGUCAUUAAGGGGUAA